UUGUGGUUAAACCUUAUCGGCCCUGAUUGGUACUAUAUUCAUUCGCCUUUCCAAUCUAAAUAUUGUGAAGACUAUCCCUACUUUACUCAGGAGCCCCUUGUGAGGAUUAAGAUCACAACUCCAUGUGUCUUACCUCUCCAUCUCCAGUCCAUCAGAAAGGAAGCGGACACCGUAGUCUUUCCUACGGACACAACUCCGGAAACCCCAAGAUCCGCCCGUUCGCCCAUUCUCUCCCCUAUUGAGGCGGCGCGGAGCGGUGACCUUAUGGCGAGUAUAUCUCUACCUCCUAUUGUCAAAACCGACAAAUUUGGUCCUACCUCCUUAGCCAAUCUCCUCCCCGCAACCACUUUCGGCCAGCUGAGUCCAUCCACCUCUCCUAUGGAUGCUAAUAUCGCCGCUUCCGAUAUCUUUUGUUCGCGCUCCUACUCCUUGCCACAAAUGAAGAUUUUGUCGUCGUCGUCACCUAGUCCACUUCUCUCCGAUUCGACUGAAGAUGUGAAAGCUGGUCUUCAUUGUUGCUUGGGCAUUAAGAGAAGACUGAAUAGGAAGUGCAUCUCUACGGAGGACCUCGAUGUAUUCGACCCCUGUCCUGAACUUAGUAUUCUCGCCGAUUCUCCUGCAAAACUUCCUGUCAGCCUGGAGUCAUCUAGCACCAUCCCAAUGGUGGCAACCUCGUGCUCUCCUACAUCCAGUGUUGAUACCUUGGACAGCGAGCGGACAUUACCAAUGCGACUUGAUACUACCGAUGGGCAUCUUCACUGUUGUGCCUGUCACAAACAUUCAUCUUUACCGACGAGGUGUCUUAAGAUGGCAAAAACUGUUGAUAGUCCCGUGUGGAGUGAGUGCCAACUCUUGGAACCACAAGCAAAACAGGUGACCUACCUCCAUAUAGAAGCAAAACCCGUUGUGGGCGAGCCGCUUCACUGUUGUCAAGUGGACGAGUGUCAAGUCUACACGGCGUCUCUAGUGCCACAAACUCCAUACUCAACUGAUUCUCUCUCCUCUACCUCUCCGCCAUUUGUGUUUCAUAACAACACUAGCAUCUCCCCAGCAGUUGAGAUUCCCUCAAUUUCAACCACUACUGUGGCAGUUCAGCAGAACCCACAUCCUCCCUCUCCAGUGUUUCCCGCCCGACCACUCUCUCCAGUCCAACCUCCACCACAUCCACCUCCCGAUAAUGUUAAUGGCAGCAAUGGUUCAACUCAGUCCCCCUUUGUCUACUCUUCCUACACACCCCCGCACCCCUGUUGUCCCAUGUACGUCCCAGGUGUUGCGUGGAUGACCACUCCACAUCACUUUUCCUCCGCUUUUGUACCUCCACCCGCACAUCCCACUCCUGCGUUUUUUGACCCUACCACUGGUGCCCCAAUCUUUGCUUGCUGUUUGCCGCCUCAACCAACACCACCACCACCACCGUCGCAGGUCCAGCAGGUGCCUUUACAAACGUUCCUUCCACAACCAGAUCAGACUUUGCUGUAUCCACCACCAGCGCCUCCUUCGGCACUAACGCCUCAGCAGCAGGCUUUUACGUCUCAAAUGGGAUACGCAUCACCACAACCCCUGCCGAUUCUGGAGCACCAGAAUCAGCAGCAACAGCAGCAGCAGCAACAACAACAACCAUUUCAGCAGCUACAACCGCAGCUUCCCCUAAUGAUGGAUGCGACCGAGUGGGUACUUGGGGCAACGCCUUCAGCUUACCCUCUUCACGGCUAA